CACGCCACAAGGGUACUAUAUAAAAACGGGAGAGCCGGAACCCUGCAGCUCCCAUUGCUCUGUGGUUAGAACUCUUUUUCAAGAUGGAUUUCCUUCAUAGGAACGGAGUGCUUAUUAUUCAGCAUUUGCAGAAGGACUAUCGAGCUUACUACGAUUUUCUAAAUUUUAUGUCCAAUGUUGGAGACCCCCGGAAUAUAUUCACUAUUUAUUUUCCACUUUGGUUCCAACUUAAUCAGACAGUUGGAACCAAGAUGAUAUGGGUAGCGGUCAUUGGGGAUUGGUUCAAUCUUAUAUUUAAAUGGAUAUUAUUUGGUCAUCGGCCUUACUGGUGGGUGCAAGAAACUCAGAUUUACCCAAAUCACUCAAGUCCAUGCCUUGAACAGUUCCCCACUACCUGUGAAACGGGUCCAGGAAGUCCAUCUGGUCAUGCAAUGGGAUCAUCAUGUGUCUGGUAUGUCAUGGUAACAGCUGCCCUGAGCCAUACCGUCAGUCGGAUGGAUAAGUUCUCUGUCACUCUGCACAGACUGACCUGGUCAUUUCUUUGGAGUCUUUUCUGGUUGAUUCAAAUCAGUGUCUGCAUCUCCAGAGUAUUCAUAGCAACACAUUUUCCUCAUCAAGUUAUUCUUGGAGUAAUUGGUGGCAUGCUGGUGGCAGAGGCCUUUGAACACACUCCAGGCAUCCAGACGGCCAGCCUGAGCACCUACCUGAAGACCAAUCUCUUUCUCUUCCUGUUCGCACUCGGCUUUUACCUGCUUCUCAGACUGCUCGACAUUGACUUGCUCUGGUCCGUUCCCAUAGCCAAAAAGUGGUGCGCCAACCCCGACUGGAUCCACAUCGACACCACACCUUUUGCUGGCCUUGUACGGAACCUCGGGAUCCUCUUUGGCUUGGGCUUUGCCAUCAACUCAGAGAUGUUCCAGCUCAGCUGCCGUGGGGAGAACGGCUACAAGCUGAGCUUCCGGGUGCUCUGUGCCAUAACCUCGCUGACCACGCUGCAACUCUUCCACCUCGUCAAGAUCCCCACUCACACCGAACACCUGUUCUACGUGCUGUCCUUCUGUAAAAGUGCAUCCAUCCCCCUGACGGUGGUAGCUCUGAUUCCCUACUGCAUUCACAUGCUCAUGAAGCCGAAUGAGAAGAAGACUAACUAGGG